GGUUUGUUGGAGCCACUUGCUCCCUCUAAUUAGCAGCGUGCGCCGGUAAAGAAACUCAGUGGAGCGACCUCACCGAGGCGCAAAAACACCCGGAGGCCACUUCACCUGUGCGAUGACUUUGAGUGUGUGAAGUUGGAGUUGGAGGAGGUCCGGAUGCUCGCUGCGCUGCUGUGUGCUACGCUGCUUAGCUGACAGUCGGUUACAGCUGGAAGAGCAGUUUAAGGGGGAAAAAAGCACUUUGACGCUUGUCUUGUGAACUCCUGCGCGUCCCGCUUCUCGCUUCAGCGGGUGGGCUCGGACGCACCGACUUGUUGCCCCAGCUGAGCUCCGAGGGGGCCACCGCUGUUGUGUUGCGUUUCCGACCUACAAGUCAGUGACAGGACUUAAAAGGCUGCUGCAAAGAUGAUGUCCUACAUAAAGCAACCCCAUUACACCAUGAACGGGUUAAACGUGCCUGCCCCUGGGAUGGAUGUGCUCCACACAACCGUCGCUUAUCCGCCCACUCCCCGGAAGCAGCGCAGAGAGCGCACCACCUUCACCCGGACACAGCUGGACAUCCUGGAGGCGCUCUUCUCAAAGACCCGCUACCCAGACAUCUUCAUGAGAGAGGAGGUGGCCCUCAAGAUCAACCUGCCUGAGUCACGUGUCCAGGUUUGGUUUAAAAACCGCCGUGCCAAAUGCCGCCAGCAGCAGCAGCAGAGCAGUGGCCAGUCCAAGCCCCGCCCUCCCAAAAAGAAGGCCUCGCCAGUGCAGGAGCCCAGCGCUCCCGAUCCUAUUCCCAACCCAUCUGGCUCAUACAGCCCCUCCUCAGCCCAGUCGGGCCCCAGCCUGGCCCCGAGCUCCAGCACUGGAAACACUGCUGUGUCCAUCUGGAGCCCGGCCAUCUCGCCCCUGCCUGACCCCCUGGCCUCCUCCUCAGCACCCUGUAUGCAGCGGCCCUCACCUUACCCUAUGAGCUAUGGCCAGCCGUCAGCCUACACCCAGGGCUAUGCCAGCACAACCUCCUACUUUACUGGCUUGGACUGCAGCGCCUAUCUGUCCCCCAUGCACUCACAGCUGUCGGGCACUGGGGGCGCUCUCAGCCCCAUUGCUGUGCCCUCUAUGGGGGGCUCCCUAAGCCAGUCCCCAGCAUCUCUGUCUUCACAGGGGUACAGCACUGCCUCCUCCCUGGGCUUCACCUCUGUCGACUGCCUGGACUACAAGGACCAGCAGGCCUGGAAGCUGGGCUUCACCACAAUGGACUGCCUGGAUCACAAGGACCAAAACUCCUGGAAGUUCCAGGUCCUCUAGAAAGGGUGUCACCAUGCCACGUGUGUCAAUGAAUCCCAUGUAAGAUAGGGCAGAGCGAUUCUGCCAGAGGACUGAAAAUUGAUUUCUCAAUUUCUUGUUUGUAAGAUCUUCUUGAUUUUAGAAAUGCAUUUGAUUUAACGGGUUUGGAGAUGAACGACUGUCAUUGAUGCUGCCUGACUGCAAAUCGUGUUUUCUUCUUCAUGCCAUCGUAAAUAAGAGAACAAACGCCUUUAAAAAGUUUGAAGGAAAAGACUGGAGUUCUACCUAUGACACAAUACAAGCUGUCUCUCACACACACAUACACACACUUCAUGUUCAGUUUGCAUAGACCUGGAAGAGCUCCUGGAAGUCCUGUAGGUCCUCCUUCAGGGUUACUUUAAGCUAUUUAUUAUUAUUACUAUUAUUAUUUGAAGUUACAUUUGAAUAUCUAAUUUGAUUGCAUGUAGAUUUUUUAGUGUUUGUGUUAAGUAUUACAGUGUUCACCUUUAGUGUCGUCAUCCUGAUCUGUUUGAUGGGGAAAUAGAUUUUGUUUUGAUUGUGACAUUAAAGUGAUCUAUUCUUUACA